UAACUCUCAAGAUCAUAAAUCUAAUGAACACUUAGUAAAAUCGGAGGCAAAAAAAGAUGAAAACGAAUCCAGUGCGCCACCAUGUGACCGGACAGAACAAACUGUUUCUGGAAAUACGGAUCAGAUCUCACAUACAACAACUGCUUACGAUAAGGGCAGAGUUUGUCCCGAUCAAGAAAUUGAAGAUAUGAAAAAAAAGAAUCAUCAAGUAUUUCAUUUCUUUACCGAAAUUGAAUCUGUGCAGAUAUUUAAUGCUUUUUAUGCUUA